AUGGUGGUUACACUGGUACUCUUGAUUCUGUUCCAAACAGGACACCAGUUUGAAAUAGAUCAUUGGGGAAAUCAUUUUGUAUUAACCUUCUUACAAACCGGAGAUGGAGAAGUCAAAAAUAGUCUUAUUAUAACCACGAGAGAAGACAGCAAUAUAUCAGUAACCUUCCACGAAAGCAACCAAGCCAAGGAACUCCAUCUGCGUUCAGAUGCUUCGCAUACCUUACAUUUCAAUGCCAAUUCCACGGCUAAACCUUCAAUGCUAGUUUUGCCAUUAAAAGCUGUGUCCAUCGAGGCUUCAAAAGCAAUAUCUGUGUAUGGUUUUACCGAAUCUAUUGACCCGAUGUUAUAUUCCAAGGAUGGAUUUUUAAUUCUGCCGGUACCAAGCUUAGGUGUUGAAUAUUUAGCUGUUACUUGUGAAAAGGAUGGGCCCCAGAUAGCAAUCGCUGCUGUAGAAAAUAACACCCAGGUCGAAAUUCAAAUAAGGUGUUAUAUUGAAGUUCAGUGCUACCAUGGUCUGGAAGUCUCAACAUAUCAGGAUAACCAUGUCCUUACGUUCCUGUUAAAUCAACACGAUGUAGUCAAUUUGUACUGUAUUGGUGACACAACCGGAAGUAUUGUGCACUCUACCAAACCGGUUACUGUCAUCUCAGGAUGUGAUUGUGUUGGUGGUUUUCAUAUGAUUGGAUGUGACCACUUAGUAGAAAUGAUGCCACCGACGACAGAACAAGGAAAACAGUUCGUUGUAGCUAACCCUGCUGAUUCGUUAACAAUUUUACGCAUAUUGUCAACUAACAAUGUGACCGUCUCUGACGAUAAUGGGCUCUCUUAUUCAUUCCAAACCCACAGUCGUGUUACAAAUGUUGUAUUAUCUGAACCGGCGCUUUGUUUAACCAGUGAUAAACCAAUAAUUGUUGUCAUGUUCGUGGCAACCAGUUAUGCAAGUGGUAGUGAUGUGAACGCUCUAAUGACAGUGGUGCCUCCACAAACCAAGUAUGCCUUGAACUACUCAAUUGGCAUUGAACCAAAUUCAAUCAAUGCUGUUUACAUAGACAUGGCUGUGUUUAUUUGUAAAGUGGGAAAUUGUCCCUCCAAUUCAAUCGACUUUCAUCCAAUAUGCCAGGGAAGAUAUGGUGUUAAAAGAGAACUUAUUUCUGGAUUUAACAAAUGGGAAAACUUUAAUCCGUUUAUGGUAUUAAUCUUUGCUUGUCGUUCUGAUACAUGUAUGGGUUACCCAGCUGGAAUGGCAUUAACAGAUUACUCCGGUGUUUCUGAAUGCUCCAGCAUCCCCUGCAUGCAUAAUGGAUGGUGUUUAGAAUAUGGUAUAACAUAUAGAUGUAGAUGCUGGGGUGGUUAUGGUGGCGAUUAUUGUGAAAAAGAACCAUUUGAAGUACCAGUAGAAAUCGGCACUGCCUCAAUUUCGAAAAAAGAAAGUCACUUGCAAACAACGGAGAAAACUUUCGUGUUGUGGAUUACAAAGAAAGUUAAUAAUGACAUUGGACUGAACCCAAAACAAUUCAAUCUAACAACUGACCAAAGCUCAACGACGGGCACCACUAUAUCAACAACUAAAACAACUAAACCAUUAUCAGAUAAAAUUAAACCGAGUUUACCAAAUACAAUCGCAUCGACGUCCGAUUCAAGCUUACAAACAUCAGCUUCGACAUCGGAUCCAACUACACCCAAAACAAAAACACCAGAUAUUCAAAAAUCAGACGCAACCAAACCUAAACCAGAAACAACUUUAGCAAUACCAAAAGAUUCAGAUACAAAAACAACUUUGAGAACUACGAUAUCGGCAGUUAACAUCACACCGUUUACUACAAAUAACGUUAUACGUCCAAGUUUUACCAAUACAAACACUACAACACCAUUAAAUAAAGUCUUGCGUCUAUGUGGUUGUCCCUGUUCAAGAUCAGCUAAAAAGUCUAAAACACCAAAGAUUAAAACUGCAGAAGAGAUCCUAAAGGUUCCAAAAAAGAAGCUAGGCAAGACACAGAGGAGAAUGAUCAGUGCUGUUAACUUGUAUAAUUCAGAAAUCAAUCUGGGUUAUAGCGCUUGUAGUAUGUUACUGUUUUUAAUACUGGUGGUUGUAAUUACCGAUGUUUGUAAACUAAUUUAUUGGUUCAUCGGCUGGUCGAAACUAAGAAAGCCUCGAGAUAUGAUUAGAGUCUUUUAA